AUGGAGCCCAUGUCAGCGAUUAGUCUCGCAGCAAGUGUCUGCCAGUUUGUCGAUUUCGCAUGUCGCAUCAUCUCCAAGGGCAACAAGCUGCGAGGCGCGCGGCACGGCCUUCUAGUCGAAGAUGCGGACCUACUUGCAGCGAGUACACGGGUCGUCGAGCUGAACAAUAAACUCGUCGACUCCCUCGGCGCAUAUUCUCGAAGCGAGAGAGGCUCCCUGGAAGUGGAGGCCAGGGCUCAAAUCAAUGCAGCCUGUAGGGGGUUGAACCAGGUGGCGACCGAGCUGAUCGAUACUCUGAACAAACUCCGUUUGCCGGGUGGCUCUGGCCGGUGGAGAAGCAUGCGUCAGGCAGUGAAGGCCGUGCGAGGGCGACAGGGAGUGGAGAAGAUGAAGAACGAUAUCAUCGUGUAUCAGCAACGGUUGAAUACGGCGCUUUUGAUAUCUAUCUAUGCGAGAUUAGAUCCCUCCUUCACGUAUCAGGACCCGACCCGCGGCGCAGGAAACCGACAAGCACCUCUGCUGAGCUCGAAAUCUCUGGAGCUUUUGUUCGCAGGAAGCCGAUCGCCCCCACCGCCAUGGCAAACUCAUCUUAUGGACAAGGUUCUCGCCAACACCCAGCCUACCGCACUUUCCGUGCAGGUGGCGAUAUUCAGAGACGAACUGAGCUCAAUCACGGCAAGAAAAGCUAAGAAGCAAACACAACAGCAGCUGAUUGGGCUUCUGUCCUUUCCUGACUUGCACGACCGAGAUUAUCGCAUAACCAAUGCCCACCAGGAUACAUUCCAAUGGAUAUUCGCCGGGCCUAAUGACCGGCACCCGCGGAAAUGGCGCCUUUUCGCACCGUGGUUACAGGGGCAGGAGAGUAUAUACUGGAUCACGGGGAAGCCGGGAUCAGGAAAAUCCACUCUAAUGAAAUUCCUGAGCAAAAGCCAGCAGACGACCGCGAAUCUGCGCGUCUGGGCGGGAAACCUCCCUCUCGUAAAGGUGCACUUUUACUUUUGGAAUUCCGGAAGCUUGCAACAAAUGUCUCUUGACGGGUUAUACAGGAGCAUCGUGCACGGGAUAUUGACCGAGUACCCGGAUCUGGUGCCAGAGGCGUUUCCCUGUCGCUGGAAAACUUGGACUCUCUUUGGCCAAGAUAUGAGGGACUGGAAUGCGCAAGAGAUUCACCAAGCAUUUCGGGUACUCCUGGCAAAGAGCGGGCACAUAUACCGGCUUUGCCUGUUCAUUGAUGGGCUGGAUGAGUGCAAGGGGCCGCACGACUCCUUUGUGGAGGAAUUAUUCUCCAUUACCAAGAAGCGCAAUGUCAAGCUCUGUCUUGCUAGCAGACCGUGGCCCGUAUUUGAGACGGCUUUCUCCACCGGAGCCCAUCUGAUGCUCCAGGAUCUUACAUUCCCGGACAUUGUUCGCUUUACAUGGAAGAACCUCUCCAGCCAUAGAGGCUUUCGGUCCCUAGUAGCCGCUGAAGAGAACUUUGCGAGUAGCCUUGUCUUGGAGAUUGCGCAGAAAUCAUCGGGCGUUUUUCUCUGGGUUGACCUGGUGGUCAAAUCCCUGCUCCAGGGAUUCACAAACGCAGAUCGCAUAUCCGAUCUUCACCGCAGGCUCGAGGAUAUCCCAGGGGAUUUGGAAGCCCUGUAUCUGAAGAUGUUUGAUAGCAUUGAACCGUUUUACUAUCAACACGCGUCGCAAUACUUCCAGAUUGCCCUGGCGGCGACAGGACAACUGUCCGCGCUGACGUUCUACUUUGCCGACGAGGAGGACCCUAACAUUGCAUUCACAGCUCCGAUCAAACCACUUACAGACGCUGAACGACUGUCAAAGUAUCAUGCUAUUAAGACAAGGCUCAUAGCAUGCUGCAAGGGCUUCCUUGAGAUCCCGAGCCCCCUCAACACACCCGCUCUCCAGGGCAACGGUGUUGGGAGCUCCGGGGGUCCUCUUUCCGCUGAAGGGACAGCAAAGUCUUCUCGCAUUGAUGAGGAUAUCGAUAGAGUCUCCUUUCAUGCAGAAGACCAAGAUGACCAGACUGAGAAAGGUUCCUUUGAUGCACCUGACGGUGGUGAAAUUUCCGAGCCUGACAGAAAGGUUACAUAUCUGCAUCGUACAGCUAAGGACUUCCUCGAAAGCAACGUGAUGCGCCAAAGAAUCCUCGACCCGUCACUAGGCCAAUAUGAUCCGUAUUGCUCAAUCUUUCGUGCUGCGCUCCUCGUACUAAAGACACUACCGGAGAAUAGAAUUACGAGAGAGGAAAUCUGGAGAGUCACCGAAAUGUGUCUACGGCUUGCAGAAUCAUCGGAGUCAGUUGAGAAAAGAGCCCUAACAAAGCAUCUUGACGAACUGGACAAGACAGCGGCGCAACUGUUUCGCGAUUCCCGCAUGUGCGGAGAGAUCACUGACUGGACUGCAACCCGGUGGAAAUCCCCGGUGGAUAACAGUUCCCAUGCAGGCGGAUUCCUCGCGCUCACGGCGGAGGCCAAUCUCAAGCGAUAUAUUCUCUCAAAAUUCGAAGCUGGGCUCCCGCGGUUUGCAUUCUCAGCCAACCGCCCAAAUCUCGACUGGAUCAUCACCAGCCACGCGACGUAUCCGGCGUUCUGCGAGCACCCAGACCCAGGUGGGCCGGGAGCAGGGGGGGGAUACUUGUUGCCUAGUAGACAGCUCAUCAAGCUUCUCCUCGAAAAUAAAGAAGACCCCAAUGAAGCCUUCGGUGACGACCUGACGCCGUGGAUCAAGGUCUUCGAGCAAGCCGCCAAAUGCGCCGGGGACAACGCCCUGCCACAACCGCAAAAGAUAUCAAUACUCUCGCACUGGGCCGACAUCGCUGACAUGUUUAUAAGCCAUGACGCCGAUCCCCUUGUGAUCAGGCAGAGUUCGGUUCAUUCCAAGGUGCGAGAAAUCUUCGGCGCGCUUCUGCCAGACCGCGCGAAGGCCAUGGAGAAGAAACUCAGACAUACGCGGAGCCGCUGGUCCGCUAUUGGGAGAUUCAUCGUCCCGCGCAAUCCGAAACUGGUCAAGUUGAGCAUCGAGCCCACGCCGCUCCCAAGAUUGAAGACCCUAGAGUCUGCUCAUGCUCCUUCCCAAUGGGGUGAUCAGUUCAGGCCCGGAAGCGAACAGCCACAGCACGUCCACGAUCUGCCUAGAUAUCUUCCGAGCCAAAGCCAAGCAAACUCGGCUCCUUAUUCUCCAAGAGAGCCUCGUAAUAUUACUGCAAUUCCUUUUCCGGUGUCUGAGUUAACCGCGGCUUAUCGUUCUUCAGGUGAUCCUCGCUAUAUUGAUCCGAGAGAGUUUCAUUCUGGCUUGGACCAUCGUCAUUCUCUUCCUGCGGAAGUUGUAACUUCUGUCAUAAAAUCAAUCUGUCAGACUGACAAGCCGGACAAAAUCACAGCGGCGUUUCAGCCUAGCGGGGAACGCCUUACAGAGACGACCAGUAGGAUGCUCGCCACUGUUCCAAGGGUUUUACUGCCGUAUUUUCAGCCCUAUGUCAAGAGGCCGGCCGCGGAGCAGCAGGAUGGUAGUACUUCCUCUAAUACAACAGGAAAAGACAACCUUCAAAGGGACUCAAAGGACACCAACUCAGGGCUCUGA